CGAUAAAGAUCAAACAACUGCCUAUAUAUUUAUGGCUUCGGCUUCCAAUCUUAAAAAGUUAAACCAAAACAAAAUUCCUAUAUUUGUUCAAAAUUCAAUAUUCAAAUCAAGUAUCUGAGUUAGCCAUGGCUUAUGGAAGGGCAUCGCAGAAAGGCAAGCCUAAGGGACGUCACCGGGGAUUAAGCCAACAAAAGAGGCAAGAGAUUAAGGAAGCAUUUGAAUUAUUUGACACUGAUGGCUCAGGUACCAUUGAUGCUAAAGAGCUGAAUGUGGCCAUGAGGGCUCUUGGUUUCGAGAUGACAGAAGAGGAAAUCAAACAAAUGAUCGCGGAUGUGGACAGGGAUGGCAGUGGUGCUAUUGAUUUUGAUGAGUUUGUGCACAUGAUGACUGCCAAGAUUGGGGAGAGGGACACUAACGAAGAGCUUAUGAAAGCAUUCCAAAUCAUCGAUCAAGAUAACAAUGGAAAGAUUUCUGUCCAAGACAUUAAUCGCAUUUCAAAGGACCUUGGUGAACUCUUAUCCCAGAAAGAGAUUCAAGACAUGAUCGAGGAAGCCGACCGAGAUUGUGAUGGUGAGGUAAACAUAGAUGAGUUCAUGAGGGUGAUGAAGAGAACAACAUUUGGCUACUAGAAGUUACAUUUAAUGCUCAAGCGAGGGUUGAUUGAAGUCAUGCUAUAGCAGUAGAUUUUGUAAAUAAAAAAGAAAACCAUGUUUUGGAUGUUCUAAAUACUGAAUUUAAUAUUUCAUCAUAUUAAAUACCAUGCUGUUUUUUA